AUGGCACCUUUGAAAUCUGCAGGUACCGCACUGACAUUACAGCCACGUGCAUCUGUGACUUUCGAAUUCAUCGACGUUGAGGAUAAAGAUGCCCGUCGUAAGGCUAGAUCACACGUCAUUCGUGAGGCAAAACAGAGGCAGAAACUCGAGACGUUGAGGUACCAGAAGAAUAGGGAGGGGACGAAGCGUUCCUUGGCGCCAGCAGUGAUCAGGACAAAGCCUAUCCUACCCACUGAAGAGGAGACGACUCAGAGUCAGAACAGCCUUGUGGCCAAGAACGCCGUAACCUUUUUACCUUCGAUUAAUACAGUUCUAGAAGGAUUGGUAGAUCCAUUUAAUCAGUUCCCCGUGAAGCUGACAUCCGGUAAAGAUCUGGGCUUGGUGGAUCACUACUACACCACAUUUCGACCGAAACCAUUUUUAUUAUCAGAUUGUGAUUAUACUCCUGUAAAGAAAUUGAUGCUCCAAGUUUCUAUGCAAGAUGCCGCUUCUUUCCUCGUUAUCAUCUCCGGCGCUGCAAAUGAUAUUGCACUCCGUUCGGGGAGACCUCAGUCUCAGCAAAGUAUCGAGUAUAAAUCACAAGCGAUGACACUAGUAAAUAAACGAAUGGCUGUUUCACAACAGUACUUCACAGAUGGUACGAUAAAUGCAUGUUCGAUGUUUGCUGGUACAGAGCUAUUAUUUGGCACACCCGAAACAUUCAAUACACACAUGAACGGCGUAAUGGAAAUGUUGAAGGCCAGAGGAGGCUACGAGAAGUUGCAACAAACAAACCCACUCCUGGCAUCCUUGCUCGCAUGGCAUGAUUUCGCCGGCGCUGCAGCACUUGCCUGCCAUCGCAGAUUCGCAUUCACGAGUUGUGAUCCCCUCGGUAUCUCAUCAUCUCUGAAACCGAUUGAGUACACCGCUCCAUUCAACAUCCCUCGUGACACUUUACCUCCGAAUUAUACGCUGUACGAUGACCUGAUGAUCCUGCUCGGCAAUCUCGAAAACGCCACGACCUUGAUCCGUACGAAGAGUAUGGACAGAGAGAAAAUGGAACAACAUACCAGUUUUGUAGCCAAGCUCAAUUCGGAUUUGAUACGCAUACUGUCGCCGCCUACGAGCCAAACAACACCCUUCCGUCGAUUUCUCAUUGAGGAUUCAUUCCGUAUUGCGUGUUUGAUUUACAUCAGCGCCAUCUGCAGAAGUUACGACGACUGGGAGUUUCAGACAAAUGCAACAAUUGAUGAGCUGAAGGGGGCAUUGCUGGAUGAUUCCGAAGGAUGGAGUGUUGCUACGGAGAUGCUAUUGCGAUUUCUGCUGGGUAGUGGGAAGGCGCAGAGUCAGAGGACGGUGCAUUAUGUUGAACAGCUAAUGAAACUGUUUGUCCCGAUGGACUGGAAUCAGUGGAAGAACGUCAAGGAUACCUUGCUGUCGUUUUUCUUGUCGGCGGAUAUGUGUGCGGGUCCGUUGCAGGAUUUGUGGAGGUGUCGGAUAGAUUGA